AUCUUCCGCGUACUAUUGUCUUUCAUCCUAUAGAUCAAUUUAAAUGGCGUCACAAUACCAGCCUCAAUAAAUGUGCAGUAUAAAAACUCUCAUAGCUAGUGCAAUAGGCGUCACAGCCCAGCGAAGGGUCUAAGAGUGCUCACGGGAUAAAUAAUUAACAGUAAGUAAGUGAUUAUUGUUCACCGAACUUUAUAAAUAUUUUUAUUAGCUUCUGCGAUACUUGUUUAAAAUUAAAUAUUGCUUUUCCUUAUUUUCUCGUGGUUGGCUGUUUUUUUUUUCUAAUUUCGCUUUUUUAGUUAAAAUACAAGACCUACAGUUUUUAGAUAGAAAAUUCGUAUGAUCAAGGUCGUAGUUGCUUUGAAUUUAAAACUAUUAAAUUACAUUGUUUUAACAAAUUAAAUAGAAAACGAUUUCCCAAUUCCAAAUCUUAGCAAAAAAAAUUACAAUCAAUUAAUUACUAUCAAACUUCAAUUACUGGAAUGUCUGUAAUUGUAAGUUCAUAUUACAAAAAAAUAAGUUUAAUAAGUCGUUAUACUAGCAUCCAAUGCAGUUUUUCAUUUUAUGAAAGAUUAUGAAAGCUACAGCAUUAAUAGUUCAUUUGCACAGAGCAGCUUACUACAUAAGCUGGGUCUCUCUCUCUUACCUACCACUAUGUGGCGUUAGAGUCUUCUCACCAAGUUCUUGUCGCUCGCUCUUUAUAACAUGUCAUUCAAUCAUGUUGGGGUGCCAUCUAUAUUUAAUUUUAAUCUUCAUUAUCUCUUCUACUCCAGCGAUUGUUAAUUCUUUAAUAUUUAUGGCUAGUCCACUACCACCGAAGAUAACUAACGUUAUGAACUAUGCCAAUGACCUUCAUUCUGUGUAAACCAAUUUGACCUCUAAAUUUUCGACGCAUUUAAACUUAUACUUUUAUUCGCAUAGUAACUAAUUAAAACUUAUUAUUUCUAACGAAAAAUUAUAAUUUAAUGUACAUUUAAUUUCCUUCACAUCCGUUUAUGAUAUUCUCAAAUAAGUGUGAAUUUUGUAUUCAAUGGUAUUAAAUUCACAAAAUAUUUUGUGUGUUUUAAUUGGAAGUACGACUUUAAAUUUUAAUGUAAUUUUAAAUUUAAUUAUUAAUUCACAUUUUCUGUGUCUGUUAUUGAUUUUGUUUGUUAUUUGAUAUUCUUUGAAUUAAGAUAAUACAAAAAAAAAACCAUCAGUAAUUUCUUUCUUUCUCAUGAGUUAAUUUUAUCUAAAUUCAAUAAAAAAACGCAAUUGAACAUAUCGUAAUCGGACUAUCGUAACUACAGAAAAAAUCUUAAAACAUCAAAUAUUUCAGUUCAAUUUACCAUUACUUCACCCUAAGGCAUAGGAGUAUAUACAAACUCAAAGCUUAGAAUAUUUCACUUGGUUUUUUUAAUUUUUUUAUUGCUUAGAUGUGUGGACGAGCUCACAGCCCACCUGGUGUUAAGUGGUUACUGGAGCCCAUAGACAUCUACAACGUAAAUGCGCCACACACCUUGAGAUAUAAGUUCUAAGGUCUCAGUAUAGCUACAACGGCUGCCCCACCUUUCAAACCGAAACGCAUUACUGCUUCACGGCAGAAAUAGGCGGGGCGGUGGUGCCUACCCGUGCGGACUCAUCCGUGCUUCGAGUAUCUUGUUCAAAUUGAGAUCGAGGAUCCAAAAAAACUUUUCAUUUACUCAAAUUCAUAUAGAUAAAUAAAUUUAUAUCAAAAGUAAUAUCUCAAAACUAACCUAAAACGUAACUAAACUUUCAGUUCCCAUUAUAUGUAUUUCCAUUAUUAGGUCGUCAAAGAUCAUUAUCAUUUCGUAAGCAAACAAAGCUGUUCGCGUAUGCAAACACCGUAAAGGUUUCUAUUCCUUAUAAUAGCCACAGCGGGCGCAACAAUAAACAAUGGACAAUCAAAAUAAUUAUAAGAAUAUCAACACUGGCAAGUCGCGACCAGUAACUACAAGACCUACAAUGAAAAUACUGAUCAUAGUAGUGAUGGCAUGUGUGGCGGUCACUUGGGCGCGUCCGGAAUCGACCUAUACUGAUAAAUGGGAUAACAUAAACGUCGAUGAGAUCCUCGAGUCCAACCGACUCCUCAAAGGUUACGUCGACUGUCUCCUAGGCAAAGGUCGUUGCACUCCAGACGGUAAAGCCUUAAAGGAAACUCUUCCUGAUGCUCUUGAACAUGAGUGUGUUAAGUGUACUGGGAAACAGAAGUCGGGAGCUGACAAAGUCAUUAGACAUUUGGUAAAUAAACGGCCGGACUUAUGGAAGGAGUUGGCUGUUAAAUAUGAUCCCGACAACAUCUACCAAGCGAGAUACAAAGACAAAAUCGAUGCCGUCAAAGGCUCCGCUUAGAACGAAGCUUAGAUGCACAUUUUGGCACGUGGAUCGAAUUAAAACUGCAGCUUUAAUGACGUAGUAUUAGUAAAAAAAGCUUUAAUUGGAUUUUCUUUAAUAAAACAUAUUUCAACUA